CGUGUUCUUCUUUUGGUUGCUUCGGACGUCGAUGCAUUAUGUGCUUGUAAAAUACUCCAAGCUUUGUUUCAGUGUGACCAUGUGCAAUAUACCCUCGUCCCGGUAUCUGGGUGGCAAGAACUUGAAACUGCCUUUCUUGAGCACAAAGAUCAGUUCAAAUAUUUUGUUCUCAUUAAUUGUGGUGCCAAUGUUGACCUUCUGGAGAUCUUGCAGCCUGAAGAAGACACGUUUUUUUUCGUAUGUGACAGCCACAGACCUAUCAACGUAGUGAAUGUUUACAAUGACACACAGAUUAAGCUGUUAGUUAAACAAGACGAUGAACUCGAUGUUCCUGCUUACGAUGAUAUCUUCAGAGAUGAAGAGGAUGAAGAAGAGGACUCGGAGAAUGAAAGCGAUGGGUCAGAACCUUCAGAGAAGCGUAGACGUUUUGAAGAGGAUAUAAUAGAGAGAACAAUGAAAAGGCGACAGAGGCGAGAAUGGGAAGCACGCAGACGAGAAAUUCUGUUUGAUUAUGAGCAAUACGAAUACCAUGGGACCUCAUCUGCGAUGGUGAUGUUCGAUCUGGCGUGGAUGAUGUCUAAAGACUUGAACGACAUGUUGUGGUGGGCUAUUGUUGGCCUAACUGAUCAAUGGGUCCAAGAUAAAAUCACUCAAAUGAAGUAUGUGACUGAUAUUGGAAUCCUACAGCGUCACGUGUCUCGCCAUAACCACCGCAACGAGGAUGAAGAAAAUUCUCUGUCCAUUGACUGCAUGCGAAUAGCCUUCGAAUAUGAUCUGCGCCUGGCGCUUUAUCAGCACUGGUCUCUGUAUGAAAGUCUUUGUAACACUUCAUAUACCUCUGCCAACCUUAAGCUUUGGUCCGUACAAGGGCAGAAGAGGCUCCAGGAGUUUUUGGCUGAUAUGGGUUUGCCUUUGAAGCAAGUGAAACAGAAGUUUAAUUCCAUGGACAUGUCUUUGAAAGAAAAUCUUCGAGAAAUGAUUGAAGAAUCGGCAAGCAAGUUUGGAAUGAAAGAUUUACGAGUUCAGACCUUCAGCAUUCACUUUGGCUUUAAGAACAAGUUCUCAGCAAGUGAUAUAGUUUAUGCAACAGCUUCUCUCAUGGAGAAUAUAGAGAAAGAGGGGCCUGAAACAACUAAUUUCAUUAAAGCUUUGGACAGUCUCUCCAGGGGUAACCUGGACAAACUGCACCAAGGACUGGACCUGGCCAAAAAGCAGCUCCGUGCCAUUCAGCAGACAGUAGCCAGCUGUAUUUGCACCAACCUCGUCAUUUCUCAGGGGCCUUUUCUCUAUUGCUCUCUCAUGGAGGGAACCCCAGAUGUGAAACUGUUUUCCAAACCAGUGUCUCUGUGCCUGCUUAGUAAAUACUUACUGAAAUCGUUUGUUUGUUCUACAAAAAACAAACGCUGUAAAUUGCUGCCACUGAUAAUGGCUGCGCCAAUGGAUGUUGAACAGGGAACUGUGAUCAUGGUGGGGAUUCCUCCAGAGACAGAAAGCUCUGACAAAAAGAAUUUUUUUGGAAGAGCAUUUGAGAAAGCUGCAGACAGUACCAAUUCGAGGACUUUACACAACCACUUCGACAUGUCAAUAAUUGAAUUGAAAACAGAAGACCGGAGCAAAUUUCUGGAUGCGCUCAUUUCUCUCUUGUCCUAAUGUGGUGCUCUUCUGGCUCCUGGUGCUGGAAGCUGAGGAUCAGCUGCUCUGAAAUUAUUUCGGAUGUUCCAAAGUUCAUGGUGCUGCAGUUGUGAUGUAUCGUCUUGCUUUAUCUUAAAUGUACUGGUACAGGCCUGGACUGUUGCUUU